AUGGGUUAUUUUGUUCCUCAAGACAAAAUAGCGAACUUAAAAUACUACAAGUAUCAAAGCGAGGAUCUCUCUGUUGUGUCGAAAUAUGUUCUUAAGCCAUUUUGGCUGAAAUUUCAAAAGAUAUUUCCCUCAUGGAUGGCACCUAACGUUAUCACGUUAUCAGGACUAGGAUUUAUCCUGUUCAACCUAUUGAUUGUGCUGUAUUAUGAUCCCAAUUUAGAUAAAGAAACUCCAAGAUGGACUUACAUUUCCUAUGCAUUCGGUAUGUUUAUGUACCAGACGUUUGAUGGCUGUGAUGGAAUCCAUGCUCGUCUAACUGGCCAAUCCGGUCCAUUAGGUGAAUUAUUUGAUCAUAGCAUUGAUGCUUUAAACACAACUCUAUCUUUGUUCUUAUUCUGCUCGGCUGCAUCUGUGGGAUAUACACCAAAAUUUUUGUUCUGUCAAUUUUGUUGCUUGUUGAACUUUUAUUUAAGCACAUGGGAAGAGUAUCACACACAUAUUUUAUUUCUAAGUGAAAUGUCUGGGCCUGUUGAAGGAAUCUUAACCAUAGCUUCUUCACUUUUCUUAACGGGGGUUUUUGGACCGGACUUAAUGUGGCACACCGCUUGGUUCAACUUAACAUUUAAUAAUUACACCUACGGGGUAACAUUUUUAGAUAUAUUUUUGUUCUCUUUGUUUGUCGGUGUCAUUUUUAAUGUUAAGUCGUCCCUGAAGAAUGUUCAAAGAUACUACAAGGACUCUUUUGUUACUAAUCAUGGCACUGAAAAUGCAACUACAGAGUCAAAUAGAGGGCUGAUCCCUUUCUUUGCUUACUCCGGAUCAGUUUUUUUGUUGAUUCUGAGCUAUCCUCAAAUUAUUUCUCUUCCACUAAUUUUAUCAAUUGGUCUAACUGCUGCAUUCAUGGUCGGUAGAAUUAUUGUGGCACAUUUAACAAAGCAAGAGUUCCCUUUCAUUCAUUUCCCAAUGUUUAUUCCGAUUCUUCAACUUCUCACUGCAUCCGUGGUUGUUGAGUAUUUAGGACAUGAUAUAUUUCAAACGUGUUUUGCCUUAGCCUGGUUAGGUUUCGGAGUCACUUUAGGGAUUCAUGGCUUGUUCUUUAACGAAAUUAUCUAUGAGUUCACCAACUACUUGGAUGUCUAUGCUCUAUCAAUUAAACAUCCUAAACACAAGUAA